AUGUUCUUACAAAAUUUAAGAGGCACUAAGCUGUCAAUUGCCAUUGCUUUGGCCGGUGCAUCGGCUUGGAUUUUGCAAGGAUACGACCAAGCCAUUAUGAAUGGUCUCCUGACAAUGAAGACUUUUGAGAAGCAGUUCCCAACGUUGAACACCAAUAGGCCAGGGGUCAACAAACAGCACGCUACCGUGAUUGAGGGAACGGUCGUUGCCAUUUACGAGUUAGGUUGUGUGCUGGGAUGUGUUGCCUCUUACUUUUAUGGUGACAAACUCGGCCGUCGCCGUUUCACCAUGAUGGUUUGUACAAUCACAAUUAUUGGUGUUAUAAUCCAGACCAGCUCAUUUCAUAUAACGCAGCUUGUUAUUGCACGAGUGAUAACUGGAGUUGGAGUUGGAGGUAUCACAGCCACGGUGCCUACAUACAUCUCGGAAUGUGCUCCAGCACGUUUGAGAGGCAAGCUUGUGCUUCUCUGCGGGUCGCUAGCAAUUUCCGGUGUGGCAUUAGCUACCUGGGUUGACUUUGGAUUUUACUUCGUCAAACACAAUUCCGUCAAUUGGAGGUUUCCAAUUGCGCUACAGAUGCUCUUCCCUACUAUCUGUAUUUCGCUCGUUCUCUUCCUUCCUGAUUCUCCUCGUUGGUUGGUGAAAGUUGGGCGUACAGGUGAGGCGGCAGAAGUGUUUGCUCGGCUUGAAGAUAAACCUGUUGACAGCGACCAAGUUCAAGGAGAGAUCUCAAUGAUUCAGCAGUCUCUUAUGGAGGAUCCAGCAGCAAUAAAGGCCUCUCCCUUCUCAAGAACCAAAAACAAACAUUUGAGACGUAGUCUUAUGGCUAUUGGUCUAAAUAUUGGAGCUCAGAUGACUGGAAUCAAUAUUGUCACUUUCUAUUCCACGAGCAUCUUUGAACAGCAGCUCGGCUAUAGCUCCGUGGAAGCUCGUAUUUUCUCUGGAUCUAUUCAGAUCUGGCAAGCGAUCUGUGCAUUCGCUGCCAUUUUCUUGAUUGAUAUAUUUGGCCGGCGGUUUGCAAUGAUCCAUGCCGCGGCAAUCAUGGGAGUUUGUCAGUUCAUUCUUGGCGGGCUUGCAUCAGACCUUCAAAAUAAAGCUACGGCAAAAGCUAUGAUCGCUUUUUACUUCGUCGCAAUGUAUGCUUUUCCUGUCGGUCUUCUUCUGGUGGUGUUUAUGUACGCAGCUGAAAUCGCACCCCUUGAGUCACGUGCCCAGAUCACUGCUAUCAGCACUGCAUGCAACUGGCUCUUCAAUUUCGUGGUUGCAGAAGCUUCUCCAACGGCAUUCAACAAUAUUGGCUACAAAUAUUACUUUGUUUAUGGAUCAGUGUCUUUUGUAUUGCUUGUCUGCUUGAUAUUAUUUUAUCCAGAAACAAGAGACAGAAGUCUGGAAGAAAUUGACGACAUAUUCAUUCAGUCUCAGACCCUUUUCGACACUGUUCGGAUAGCCAAGACAAUGCCGGUUCUAGGUGAUGCUGAAUUCGAUCCUGAAAGGAAGCUUUCUCUUGAGACUAAAGACGCCGUCGAGUACGUGGAAUGA